ACUAAAAUUUGUUGAAGAAAAGAAAUAGAAACCCUUCCAAAACCCUAAUCCUGUCACUCACCGAGCAAUGGAAACACCGGCCGCCAUAAGCAUGAUUGAAAUCCCUGGAAGAGGAAGAUCAAUGGUGGCUCUCCGCCCCUUAAAAGCCGGCGAAGUCAUCCUCAAAGACUCACCAAUCAUCCUCUACUCCGCCCUUCCGUUUCACCCUACUAACCCCCAAAACAUUUACUGUUCAAAUUGCUUCAUAAAAAUCUCAAAUCACCCCCAAAAAAUUUCUUGCCCAACUUGCAGCAGCUCUCAAUUCUGCACCCCAAAUUGCCAAGCAGUUGCUUCAACCACUUCACACACUCCCUGGGUUUGCCAAAUGACAUCUUACCUCCAACCAUACUUCUCCGAAAACCGCCUUCCUUUUGAUACACAACUGCAAGCCCGGUAUCUUGUUUCGGCUUACAAUCUUGCAGUUGUUUCACCAACAAAGUUUCAGACACUGCUGUCUCUUGAUGGAUCAGGUGGAGGAGAGUCAGACCAGACUGUAAAUUUCCUGCAUUCGUUAAUCGGGUCGGUCUGCAAACCAAUGCCGGCCGAAAUUGGCUUCUGUUUGGAGUUGACAUGUGCUUUGUUGGCUAAAGAUAAGGUUAAUGCGUUCGGGUUAAUGGAACCGUUUGAUGAGGAGAGGGAAGAGAGGUCGGUUAGGGCGUAUGGGAUUUACCCUGUGGCUAGUUUUUUUAACCAUGAUUGUUUGCCUAAUGCUUGCAGGUUUGAUUACAUUGAUGUUUCUGAUGGAAUGAAUGUGGGUAAGAAUAGUGAGAUUAGUAUUAGGAUGAUUCAUGAUGUGGUGGAAGGGAGGGAGAUUUGUUUGAGUUAUUUUCCGGUGAAUUUGAAGUAUUCUGAGAGGCAAAAGAGGUUGAAAGAUGAGUACGGGUUUGCUUGUGAGUGUGAUCGGUGUAAAGUUGAGGCGAAUUGGUCUGAUAGUGAGGAUGACGGCGUGGAGAUGGACGACGGUGAUGAUGGCAAGGAUGAAGGGGAAGAAACGACUAUGGAUGAGGAUGUCGAUGAAGAAAUGGAAGGUCAAGAUGGCAGUGUUGUGUUGAAUGGGGAUGAGGGUGAGUUUCCUCACUCGUACUUCUUUUUGAAUUACAUGUGUGAUCGAAAGAAUUGCUGGGGGACGUUGGCUCCCCUGCCUCCAUCUGUUGCCACAAGUCAUUCUGUAAUGGAGUGUAAUGUUUGUGGCAAUUUUAGAAAACUUGAUCAGGUAUGAUCAAGCAGUACUAGAUACUUGACGUGGUUUAUUUAAGUUCAUCUGUGUCUUGGUGUGUUUGACCAGUCUGUAGUUGAUGAAUGGCCCUUUGUAUUUGGGAUUACAUGUUUUGAAUGCUUCCAAUAACUUAUAAUAAGUUUUAUUUAGUA